CAAAUCUUUUUACAAAUGCAGGCACGAUACGAAACCAGACAUUUAGUUAAACUAGUUAAACGGCUGUAUCAGCUGGCCCUCAUUCGACGACGCUGUCAGAUCUCGGAGUUUCGGUUUGUUUCACGUGCAGAUGUGACGAGCAGAAAAAAGGCCAUGCCUUUGUCACAUUUUGAAGAAAAGAGUGGUGCUGUUGUCUGCCCGACUCCAUGGGGAGGCUGGUGGCAAACGGUUGGAGAAGUUUUCGUUGAAGUCAAAGUUCCCAAGGGGACUCGAGGCAAACAAGUCUCCAUUGCCAUAAAGCCAAAGCACAUAAAGUGCGUGGUACACGGGAACACAAUAUUUGAGGGCAAUCUGUGCAGAACAGUUGUAGCCGACGAGUGCACAUGGACUAUUGAAGAGCAAGAACGUGUCACGUUACUCCUUGUAAAGUCUGAACCGGCCAGUUCCGAGAAGGUCUGGGAAUCCCUUCUCGAAGGACGGGUUUAUGCUCCAGAGCCAGUGGUGAUGCACGAAAUGAUGAAGAAACUAGACUUGGAAAAAUUCCAACUGGAAAAUCCAGGGUUUGAUUUCAGUGGUGCAAAGCUGGAUAAAGCUUAUGACAACAUACCAGGAGUCCAAUCAGCUGUAGAAGCUGAACAACUAACGAUGCUCGACAAAUUUCAACAAGCAAGAGAAAAGUCUGAGCAGGAUGGAAAUUCUGAUGUUAUCUCCUAAAACACAGCGUAAUUUGUAUUUAUACGAUGAGGUGGUCAAUAAAUGUUUUAGAAACUAA